CGCAGGUUGUAGAUCACCACAAUGCAACCCGCAGCGUACGCCAGCUCACCAGAAGCCGGAUUAACAGCCACCUGUGCAUUGCUCAGCGCUGUGAGCCCCAGCACACGCUCUAAGAUGAGACGCGAGCGCGGAGGCGGCAGCACGGCGUCGGUCAUUGCGGACACUUGAAGUGAAGGUCAGAUCAGCGACGUUUCGCAGUUCUCGGUUUGUGAUUGGUUGAAAUGCACCGUGUCACUUCAACGAGGGGCAACGUCACUAACUGCCCAUCUCGAAAAAACGACACCGGCAAUAAUCAGCAGUGCGGACCGACGUGAUGCUGCCUCUGUACAAGCGCGCCAUGCGCCACGCGUGGGUGCCGUACCGCCGGUUGCGCAGUGGCACAGUAGUUGGAGGCGUGGUGGCACUGUUGCUGCUGUUCAUACUGUUCUCUUCGUUGUCUCCGGAGGCUCCAACGCCGUCUCCUGUCGCGAGACCGACUGAGGUUGUCCAGCCGCAAACUGUGGACAUCCCGACGACGGUGGAGGCGGGCGGAGGCAUCGGUAUGGAUGAAAACGUGGAAGCGGAUGGAGGUUUUGACACGAAUGCGGAAGUAGCAGCGGGCGGUGGCGUCGACAUGGAUGCGGAGGUAGAAGCAGAUGAAGUGAAGGAAGCAGAGGAGCCUUCAGCCGCACCGGAGAACGCGACACAGGUGCCAUUCGUGUUGCGGCUACUGCUACCACUGAUCGCAGGUUUCUGCUUUGGCUUCUUGGGCUCCGUGCCUAUCGCUGGCCCCACGUCCGCUAUGGUGCUUAAACUUGGCAUCCAGGGGAAGUAUACCGCAGGACUGACCAUUGCAGUCGGCGGAGCCAUCUCAGAAGCGACGUAUGCGGGUAUUGCAUUCUGGGGCUUUGGUAGCUUCCUAGCAGGUGCCAAGUUUUUGCUGCCGGUUUCAAAAGUCCUUGGAGCAAUCAUGUUCACGCUUAUCGGCCUGGUGUUCCUCAAGGCGGACAUGAAGCCGUCAUUGGACCCUGACGUCGAAGCCUCUCAUGGGAAGGGGGUGCGACGACCACAGGGUGAAGUGCUCAAGAACAUCCUUAUGGGCCUCACAAUGUCCGGGAUUAAUCCGGCUCUGCUGGCGUCCUACACUGGCGCCAUUGCUUCAGGUAAACGCGCUCCUCAUAUGAGUACACUGACGUGGAUGAAUGGUCGUUAAUAUUUUGUGUGGUUUUGGCUUUAAAGUGUACGGCACCGGAAUGCUCGAAUUCACCUUGUUCCUGGCCGUUGUGUUUGCAAUUGGUGUCUGCUGCGGUGUUUCAACGUGGUUUUACUUGCUGCUUUCUCUGCUGAAGAAAUACAAACAGCGUCUGAAAAGCCACACCAUCGAUUUGAUUAUGCGCGGUCUAGGCUGCUUCCUGCUGACACUAGGCCUGCUGUGUGCAAAAUCAUCGCUCGACUAUUUCUUGUUGGCAUCACCAGAGGCCAAGUAGUGGAGCACCAUCACUCUUGGGCUUCAAAUACUAGCAGGCAACAGAUUGAUUCAUGGAAAACAUAAUUUACUGUGUCUUGUACGAAAGAGAGAAUUUUAAGCAAAAGGUCUCCUAAGUCUCCUAGCCUAGUCGGAAUUUUUCCUUUAGACUCGGCAACAUUUCCAGGUCUUGCUCAGAUAAAUCGUCUG